AUGCCUAAGCGCAAGGCAGAAGUGAAGCUCGAGCCUAAAGCAGUCGCUCGGAGAAAGAUGGAAGAUGCGCCACAUCGACCAGAAACCAUCGCCGUCAUCGUCGGCGCCCCAGAACAAGAACAGAUCUUCAACGUCCACACAGACCUAUUGAUCAAACAUUCGAAUUUCUUCAGAGCCGCGCUUUCGAACGACUGGAAGGAAAGUCGCAGCCGGCGUGUCGAGUUGAGAGACGUGGAGCCGGAGCACUUCGAGGUGUUCAAGGACUUCCUCUAUACUGGGUUCGUGUACUGCAGCAAGGCUGGUGACUCGACCGAUCCGCCUCAUCCUCGCCUAGCCUGUUGUUGGGUGUUGGGAGAGCGGGUCCUGUGUACAGCUUUCAAAGACGCCGCUUCCGAUGCGUUUCUGGACAAAUACGCCUUCCACAACAAGACUCCGCUUCGUGCACAAUUCGACAUCUACCCAAACAGCACGGAGAGAUCUUGUAUCCGGCGCUUGCUUGUGGACUUUGCCGCGCAUACCUGGCAUGUCGACUUCUUCCGAAGAGAGGAGCUUGCUGAGGACAAUGCGGCCUUCAUAGUCGAUGUGGCAAUCAGGCUCGUUGAGAUACGGAAUCGAUCUGAAGGAAAGAAGAAUCUUCAGUGGAUCGUCGAUCGGUGCGAGUACCAUGAGCAUGUCUCGGAGAAGAAGCCGUGCUAUCUGGAGACGUUCCGGAAGGCGAGGUGA